CAAUGGUGUAUGCUGCGCUUUUUUAUGUGCUCCUGGUGUGGGCUCUUCUGUUCACAGCUAGGGCACUUCUUGGUGAUGUUGAACGAAGGCUAAAAUACCGUAUAUUUCAUGAACUGGCUGUUCACGCUCAUAACAAAACUGUUCACCCUGUAUCGGUUUCCCAAUUGGCGGAGGCAAAGAGGCGGAUUGUUGCGGCCGAGAAGGAGGCCGUCUUAAAGACUAUGGAUCAGCUUCAAAAAGAGCUUCUGGACAUAUGCGACUUGAUCCAAAAAGACCCUUGCGAUCUCAGGAGAACCGAAACCUGUCCCUCUUGGAGGCCAGGGUGUUACAACCGUCCGACGUCGCAUUGCCCCCCUUGGAUACCGGGAUGCAAUGUGCCCAUCCCGCCGAAAAAGUGUUGGUUCAAGCCAGGCCAGCAUUGUCCACAGCCUUUGGGGGCUUAUUGCCUUGGAAGUGGUUGGUGUCAGCCAGGCGGCAAGUGCCCCGGUGACCCAGUAUUAGAGGGGAAACAAGAGACGACACAAACGGAGGGCGUUUCAACGCUAUUUGCAAAGAGCCAAAGCACAACUUAUUCGGUAACCACGACACCCAGAAUGACAACAACUUCAACGUCAAGAUUUCAAGGCACAAUUUCUACAAUAACAGCGCCGUCUACAAUAUCAACAUUUCCAACUUUGACAAGUCUAAGGACAACUUCCCCAAUAGCGAAAAAUUUUAAAAUUUCAACAGCUCCAUCAUCAAUAAGUCAAGCUUCCCCAAUCACAACAUCUUACUCAAAAAUCGACAUACCAAGCCCAUCAAUGUCAACUCAGAGCUUACAUUUUUCUUCACCAAUCCAUGCGAGUUCCUCAACAUCUUCUGAGCUUGGCGUGUGCGGAAGGCCGGGGGCUCCAGGUGGACCAAAUGGCCCAGGAGGUCCCAUGGGUCCAGGUGGACCUGGCGGUCCUGGGGGUCCUGGCGGUCCUGGGGGACCUGGUGGACCGGGCGGACCCGGCAUGCCUUGGGGUCCCGGAGGACCUGGAGGACCCGGUGGUCCAAACGGACCUGGAGGCCCUGGAGGUCCAGGGGGACCUGGAGGUCCUGGUGGUCCCGGAGGACCCUGCAGCCCGGGAUGUGAAAAGGCGAGAAAGACAAAUCGAAGGCGAAAAUGUUGCACAAAAGCAAGGCCUCGGCCUCGAAAACAUACACAAAAACCCCUUGAAGCUCACUUACCAAUUGGUCCACCGGAAAUAAAACAAUUUAGAAGCCGACCAAUGGAUCGAAAUCGAAAUGAUAAAUUGUGGAGAUCAGACCUUAAGAAAAUAUCGAUUAUAAACCCCAGAAGUGAUCUUCCAAUAUUUAGGAGUCAAUCGCUAAAAAAUUGCAUUGUCGCACAUAUUCUUAACUCUUUCAAUGAAGAAAAUAAAAAUAAUGGAUUGCAUUCGUAUAAAACUAUUAGAGUUAGAUUGAUUGAUUAA